GUAUAUGCUUGAGGGGGAGUGAGAGAGGGAGAGGGAAGGAGGAUCUUGCAAAGGUUGCUCUUUUCUCUAUAAAACAGUCACAAGUGAGACAGACAACAACUGAGUGUGUGCAAGGAUAUUUAGAUAACUUUAGAUAGAUACAGGUUAUAUAGUAAGCAAGCUAAAUUGGUGAGGGAGACAAGGAAGAGAUCAGAAGGAGAAAGGAAAAGGGAAGAGAAACCAUAGCAAUAAUAAUAACAAAGGAAGGCAAGAAUAAUAUGGGGAGAGGAAGGGUGGAGCUGAAGAGGAUAGAGAACAAGAUCAACAGGCAGGUGACCUUCGCCAAGCGGCGGAACGGUCUCCUCAAGAAAGCUUACGAGCUCUCCGUGCUUUGCGAUGCCGAGGUUGCCCUCAUCAUCUUCUCCACUAGAGGAAAGCUGUACGAGUUCUGCAGCUCCUCCAGCAUGCUCAAGACCUUGGAGAGGUAUCAGAAAUGUAACUAUGGAGCGCCGGAGCCUAACACCAUGUCAGCUCAGGAAGCCCUGGAACUAAGCAGUCAGCAGGAGUAUCUGAAGCUUAAGGCGAAAUACGAAGCCCUGCAGCGGACCCAAAGGAAUCUUAUGGGAGAAGAUUUAGGCCCUCUGAGCACGAAAGAGCUCGAGUCGCUCGAGAGGCAGCUAGAUGCUUCAUUGAAGCAGAUCCGCUCCACCCGGACUCAGUCGAUGUUAAAUCAGCUCACUGAACUCCAGCGCAAGGAACACCUACUCAACGAGGCAAACCGGACUUUGAAGCACCGGUUGAUGGAAGGGUACCAGCUCCAGAUGAAUCCUGCGGGGGCAGAAGAUCAUCAGCAACACCAACAUCAUAUGGCUUAUGGCGUGCAUCAUCAUCAGUCCCCGCAUCAACCUCCCGGCAAUGGCGCCUUCUUUCACCCCUUAGACUGUGAACCUACUCUGCAGAUUGGGUAUCAGCAUGAUCCCGGAUCAGUAGUAACGGCAGCAGGUCCGUCUAGUGCUACUAAUUUCAUGCCAGGAUGGUUGCCCUGAUAAGCUGGGAGGCAGCCAUAAGGUUUAUGCAGGAUAUGUGGCUUGGUCUUUUUUCAUUUAGAUUAUAUUGCGGAGCAUUCCAACAUCUGUUGCCAAGCUUGUAAUUGACCUUUCUAGUUGUGUCCCUACGACCCAACAAAUUAUUACAUGUAAUGUAAUAAUCGUUUGGACUUUUUUCUUGAAAAUUACGGCUCAAACAUGUGGAGAUUGCUUGAUUAAUAAUUAUAAUUUAUGUCUUUGCAUGUCCA